AUGUCACAAAAACAGGAAGAUAUCUUAGUAGAGGGUGUGAAUAGUAGUAGUUGUCAAAGUGAAAAUAACCGCGCACAGCAGGAAACAACGACGAAAUACAGUCGAAUAAUUAAGAGUCGUUCAAAUUCAGAUAAUAAUCAAAACAGUUUAAAACGCACAAGUAGCAAUAUUAGUCGUCAUAACAGUAGUUAUUGGUCAGCUCCAACAUCAGACAAAAAAGCACGUACAGGUGAUAUUAUCGAAUUAGAUGAUAAUUUCGAAUCUAAUCGGUAUAAUGAAGAUAGCGAUAUACCUAAUAUAAAUUAUAAUGAGAAUACAUUUAAGCAACAAAUAAGUAUUGAAACAAAUGAUCAUACUAAAAAUAAACAAAAACCAAUGCAGGUAUCACAACAAUCUCUUGAUUUUGCUGCUGAAAAUCA